AUGUCACGCCCAAUGUGCUAUCAGGCUUGGAUAAGUCUGCUUCUAGGGCUUUCCGUUACUGUAGCAGCGCUGGACCUGGACAUUAACAGUACACAAUCAAUCAAAGAUGCGGCAACAGUAACAGUUCAAAACACGCUUACCAACUCAUCUCUCAGUGGAAAUGUCAAUCCGGUGUACGGCGAUUCCAACGAGUGGAUAUUUAACUCAUCUACCGUGGAGGCGUGGCUCUACUCGACUCUGAUUCCGUAUUGGAAUCUCACUGGAAACGAUACCUACAAUGAGCUUAUCAGUAAGCGUAUGUAUAGCAUGGCGGGACUGGAGCUCGGAGACUCGUGGUCGGAGUCAGAUAACGAUACCAAUAUGAACCAUGCGGCCUGGGCUCUGGCCGCUGUAACGGCAGCUGAGAUGGACUUCCCGGCCGACUCCUCUAAGAAGUCUUGGUUGACUUAUGCGGGCCAGGCUCAGGGGACCUUGAGAAGUACCUUCAAAUUUCAAGAUAUCUGCGGCGGUGGCCUUGAAAUUGCCAACGAUGCUGUACAAGAGACGAACGGCUCUAUGAAAGACGCCCUAAGCAAUGGAGAGUUCCUGCAGUUGUCUUCGCGGCUGGCGUAUAUCACCACAGGCGACAAUCAAUCGUCUUAUGCAGAUGAUGCAAUCAUGAUCUGGGACUGGUGCGUGAAAAACGAUAUGCUGGUGGAGUCAAAUUGGACCAUCAAUUACCUGGUGACAAAUACGACAGCCACUGGAAAUUGCACGGCGAUGGCGACGACUAACGCGGAAUAUACCUACUUCUACGGCUUGUACAUGAGCUCUGCGGCAUACAUGUAUUCUGUGACAGGCUCAGCCGUUUGGAAGACAAGGGCAGAAGGGCUGCUAGAUAGCAUCAUGGGCAUGUUUGUUAACGACGGUGUUAUCCGGGACCUUGGAAUGUUACUUGAACCCGACGAAGGAGUAAUGAGUACAUCUUGGGAUGAUGAUAGUGCGGACGCCUUAAAGGGCCUCCUAGCAUCAUGCCUUGCGGUAGUGACGCACCUCUUACCAGACACAGUGAACACGAUUGAGCCCCUCCUCCGAAGCAACGCAGAAGCUGUCGCAAAUCAAUGCAGCGGGAUGAGCAACGGCACUGUCUGUGGUUCCGAAUGGACUGAUUCGACGUAUGAUAAGGAGCCCAACUUCUUCAGUUCUAUGAGCGCCGUGAACGCGUUUACUGCGAAUUUGUUGAUGGCAAAGAGCUCCUAUAGUCCAAGUACCACGGGAACAAGCACCAACGGAACCAGCACCAACGGAACCAGCACGGACACAAAAAGUGGUGGAAGCUCAGGUGGGCUCUCUGGCGGAGACAUUGCUGGUAUCGUAGUCGGCUCCGUUGCUGGCGCUGGCUUAGUCGCUGCUGUCGCCUUUUUCCUCCUCCGCAAGAAGAAACAGGCUGCAAGUGGAGCAGACGUAGCAUCGGAGAAGAACCCGACCACUGACUACCAAGGCGGUUAUCAAGCCGCGGAGCUCGAGCCACGAGAGGUUGCGGAGCUUCCGCAGGGCGCUACCUCGUACAAUUUCUCGGAGAUGGACACCGACACUGCGAUGGAGCAACUGCCCCAGGAGCUGCCCCCACAGGAGCUGAAAACGACGAAGACGAUGCGUUAUGAAUUGGCCUAG